GAUUGUGCAAUCUAUAAAUCGCUUAAUUGUACGAAACACCACAAUUCUGUCUUCCAGUUGCGAAUAAAUGAAAAAAUAAUGGUGAAAUCCAUUUUUAUCCUGCCUCUGUUGCAAACAUUGACCUUAUAAAGCAGGGCCGAAUUAAUGUUCCUAUCUCCGGUCAACAGGAAGUAGUGAAUUCCUUCGCAGGCGUGACACAUAGUUGAGUGUAACCUUUCCAAUACACUACACAGGAGUGUAGUAUUUUACCAAUAUCGGCUGCUAUCGUAAUUGUAGACCAAGAAAAAUAUCACAUUCUCGAUUCGUUUUUGAUUUCUUCUCAUAUUUUCAAUAGGAAAGUAUUAAAAGGAGCAGUUUAAAGUUUAAAGCACGCCCUUUUUUUAAGGCUCACUGGAUAAACUUUUUCCAUCUCGACACCAUCCAUGUAUUCUCUAUUUAAACUGCAAAUAACGAAAUCAGCCAGUUGUUUCGUCAACAACUCGUAGUUACCAAGUGAAAAGAAAUAGCAGGGUGAAGAUUAAUGAUCAUGAAGAUGAUGGUAAUGGCGAUGAUGACGAUAAUAACGAUGGUAUAAAAAGAUCGUGGUGGUGAUGAAUCAUGGUAAUAAUUAUGAUGGUAGUGGUGGUUAUAGUGUCCCAGUCAUGACGUUGAUGAUGGGAAUGGCGGUUAUCCACUACUGGUCUUUUUGCUACUUAUGGUGAUUAUGGCGUUGAAAACAGUGUGUUUUAUGCUGCUGCUGAUGUUCAUUGCGGUAAUGAUACACGUCAUAUUGAUGAUGACUCCGCCUCGCUAUUAAUGUGCUUCAACAGGUUAAGCCACAUUUUGUCUCGACAAAAAAUGGACAUGCAAUAGUUUAAUAUGAAAUACUCGCGUAUAAUUUUCUUUGUAAUUAUAUCAUUAUUAUAUCACUUUCAUUAAAUGUGACACAUUCGAUGGUAUUUAAUGGCUUUAAAAAAAACUAUUGCAUAACAUGUAUUUCCCAGUGGUUCAAACAUAUGCUUAUGGCAUAUAGAAAUACAUAGUUUCUUGUCGAUUGAUGUGUAGACUCAAUUAAGUUUGCUAAUUUUGAGUGAGACAUUAAAUCAACACCUUUAACCCUACCUUCAACAUAUUCAGGCAUGAAUUUAAAGUUUCGUCAGGUUUGCAUAUAGGGAAAUUUAAAGAAAAUACAAACCUCAAAUUGAAUUAAUGCUAACAUUAAAUAAUUCAUUGCCGAUGUUUGAUUCGCUACAUUCGUUAAAUGAUUUAUACCCCAAAAGAAUUAACCAUAAUUUUACCAAAACUAUUAAUUCCUUCUUUAGAAUAUGCAUGUUCUAUGCAUAUUCUUAUUUCAGUAAUGUUUCCAAGUUUAAAAGUAGAUCUACAGCCUUUAAAUCAAUCUAACAAUCAAGUAAUAGAAAACUCGGCCGAUAACAAGCAUUUUACACUCGUCUAAAGAAUGGACAAGUUAUUGGGCUAACAAACUUUAAAACCGUCAGAUUGUUCAUGCGUGUUAGAGAAUUCGCAACACUUAAAGUUCACUAUUAACACGCUUGAUGUUAUUGGAUGUUCAAGCUUUUGGUUUAUGACUGAUCUUGGUGUUUUAAGAGAGCUUUCGGACGAAACUUAUUGGAUAUCGUUUUUGACAAACAUAAUAGAGGCAAAAAAGUAUAAGACUUUACAAGAAUAACUGUUCAACAUUUGACUGAAGGCCUUAUUUAACCGGACCACAAAAUAACCGAAGGUAAUGCCGAUCAAAAAUGCAUUAAUUCUAACAAAAAUAAAUAUUGUCAUUUAUUUAACCAUUCACCAAACGUCCUAAAGCUAUCAGCUUGGAAGACACAUGAAGACGAUUAUUAUAUGUCAGCAGAAUGACCAAAAGAGCCGCAUGUCAUAAACCUAUCGCAUGUGGGAGGUACAACGGAUGUUCCUAAGAAGAUCGACAAUAGUGUGAGUGCAUUUAUGGAUAAGUUGCAAACUAUGUCUCUGGGAAACAUGAUGGAAGAAGAAAAUGAGACAGAAAAUCAGGAAAACAGUUCGGAAGACGAGGCGGACACACUCUGUCCCAGUCAUGUCCUCGAACAAUCGAUCGAUCCCGGUAAAAACAACAACAUACCAAAGGACUACGUUGACAGUGCACAUAGAACCCUACCAUCUGCGAAGAGAGGGGUUGUCUUUAAGAGUGAACCGAAGCCUGAUCAAAAAUCGGUGAUUCUUAUUCCCCAGGCCGAUCAGACAGACACAAAGGCUGGGGAUUAUUUUGGCGGAACUCUAUAUACCUACAACUACACGCGGCCUUCAGGGAAGAAAUACAAAUUCCAGCAUCUACUGAAGGAUAUCAUUGAUGGAUAUCCGGCAGAGAAGAUGAGAAUCAGCGAAGGAGAUGAGCUAGUUCUGAUUGGUGAGACGUUUACACCAGAUCAAGAUCACGAUACUGUGAUAAAAACGUUCAAAAGCGGCGUCAACGUGGACGGACACUCUCGUUUUACUAUCAUUUUAAGAAGAAGUGAGACAAAAGACAAGAAAAAGUCCUGGUAUUGGUAUGAAACAAGUGCUAUUCUAGCGCCAGACCACGGAGGACAUCGCUUACCAGAUGUUUUGCAACCGCACUGUGAAGCAGUUGAUGGAAAACGAACUAGAAUACAACAAAUAGUCUAUAACAUACCCGGCAAUAGUUCAUUAUACAUGUUCAUCGACGAGUUAGGCAUUCGUGCUGUACAUACCGAGAAGGACGACCAUUCCGUUUAUGUCAACAAGAUUAUCCAACAAACGUUUACACCAAAUCGGUAUACUUCAUACAUAGCAUUGUGUGGCAAAGACAACAAAUCGUACGUUCGCAUUGAUGAACAGAGAAAUGUAUGCAUUUGGGAGAAACCCACAUGGUUUGAGGGAAAACAUGUCUGCGACGACGACAGCUUUGGGACAAAUGGGUACUAUUUGGUAUUUGACAGAAUCUUGCAAAAGUUUGAAAUGGUCUUAACGUGUGAUAAUCAGCAAAAAGUCAAGACAUUUAGUGGUUACAGACUAGAUUCAGGACUGGACUCAACGGACGACGCAUGCGCACUGAGAACCAUAUCCUACAGUAACCAUGGAUAUGACAGCUACCUAAUGAGUACAGUGAAUAACGCACGGGCGCAACAUUAUGACGUUCCGCAAAGCCCAGUGUGUCUUUCUUUUGAGAACCUAGAGAUCGAAGAAAAAGAUGGCGAGGAGGAAGAAGAAGUCGAUGAUGAAAAAAAGACGAAAUAAGAGAAGAAGAAUAAAACAAAAAUGAAGAAAAAGAAAAAGGUGGAAUUGUAUUGAACCCUAACCUAACUUCCUUCAAAAUUGCAAUAAACCGAACGCCUGAAAUCCUUUGUUCUAGUGUAAUAUCACACUUUAUUUAAAACAAAAAGGGUCAUUGCACUGACUCAAAAAAAUCGAUAACGACCAGGAAACCUUUCAAACAAAUUGGACGACAUGCAACUCACCUUUUUUAUUUUAUUUUUUACAAUUUUUCAGUGUCGGUGUGCCCUGUUGUUUCGCGUGUAAAACUUUCGUUUUCAAGUUUAAAUUAAUGAUUAUUACAAAAAGCAUUGAAAGAAAAAUCAUGCUCUUGUUGUAGACUUUUGAACAGCUAGUUUUAAUCUGAAUGUGAACACUAACAAAUGAUCGUGCUUAGACAUGUUAUUAUCUUCUAUGUUACAUCAUGUCUUACUGUUUUCUACUCGAGAUGCAUUACGAUGAUCUGGAAUGUGUACAAAGUAUAAUCGGUUUUCGAUUGUUGUCAUUAUGAAGGAUUUAAGAUAAUGCUUGUAUUUACCUUAUUAUAUAACAGUCUCAAUGAUGUUGUUAUAGGAAUAUUUAACCAUUGAUUAAUUGAAUUAUAAUGUGUGUUCUUUUUUGUUUUUGCUUAACUAGUAUUGCAACAUUAUGAGAUAAAUGCCCAUUUACGAGUGUAUGCUUUGUGAUUGAUUCUUGGCUAAAAGUGGGAUUCGGCAUUUUUUAAACAUUGCAAACAAUUACACUCCAGAAUCUCUAUCAGAAGAUUAAUUCACUUUACAAUUAAAAUGCCUAUAUGCUUUUAAGCACAUUUGAAGACGGAGACUUAAGCUUUAAUCAGCUUUCAUUUUUAGUGUUGUCUACGUUGUGUUUUCCUGCAUUAAACGGGCAGUUUGUAUCCUGUCUUAAUAUAAGACUAGCGGAUGCUAAAAAGUUUUCUCCUGACAAUGUUUCUAGAGUUUCUUUAUUCCUGUAAAUAACAAGCAUUGCCACAUGAAGAUGGGUCAAAUUCGUUUGCUUCUUUAUUUGCAAUAUUGUAUGUUCCUUACCUUUUUGUGUAUUGCUUAAUACCAUAUAUGCAUAUAUUUCAUACAGGCCCAUUUAAUUAAGAAACUAUGAGACAUGUAAAACAUUUUAUUUUUAUUAACAGUAUGCACUUGUUUGAUUUGUUUUGUUCUUUUCUCGCCAUAAUCCUUUGCAAAUAUCAUGUUGUUGUAAAACUGUUCUUUUUUAAUGUGAGAAAUUUCGGAAGUUGUGUAAAUAUUCUCGAAGAAAUAAAGUUACAAUAUGUACAAUAAAAAUACUGUUUAAUUAUAUGAUUAGAAGAACAAGUGUAAAUACGAAUGAAAUCAUUUCUCAAUAAUAUAUAAAAACAUAUUAAUUAACGUCGAUAAUGUCGCGAAAUUUUGUUGGUUCAUAGCAUUGUGUGCUUGAGAAGGAUCACUGUUGUCAUGUGAAAGAAUCACAUACUGAAUAACCAAAUCUCAAUUAUAUUAUAUAAUCCAAAAUACCUGCAGAGUGCUGACUUCUACCACAUGCGAAUAGCAUUUAAUAAAGCAUGACGUGAUUAUUUUAAGUCGAAUAUUUUUUUUUACCGGCUUCUUUCUGAAUUAUGAUGAACAUCUGACGCAGUUCAUGUAUUUGUCAUGAGUUGCAGGUUCGAUCCCCAUCUCAACCCUUUUGUCCGAGGUGUUGAACACCUGUGCUUCUGACCGGGAAUCAAAAGACAUGUUAUCGUCUCUUGAACGGAACAUCUCAUUAUUCCCUGUAAUUCAAGUCACAAACCUUCUGAGGACGAUGACUUCAUGUUGGAAUGUCGACACACUCGAAAACUAAUCCUAUCCACCUUACUUUGCUGCCUAGCAAGCUUAAAUAGCGAUCUAUCGAUUGCAUUGGUUCUCUAAAUUGCGUAACACUGGCACAAUUAUGUAUUGAUAAAUUCUAAUUUUGCAGUUUCGAAUGCUUUUUCAGCAACACGAUUUAUCAACGAUCUAUCAAGAAAAGCAUACAUGUCAUUGUUUAUGUGCACUCCUAAUUCAUUUUUGCGUUUGAACACGUAAAUAUGUUUUUACUAAUAAACAUAACGUUCAUGAAUAUAUAAUACUUGUUUUAUUAGUUAUCGUGCAUCAUGUUUAGAUUGAGUGUGUUGUAACACGCCGUUUUGACAUGUGUAGCACUAAUACUGAUUUAUUUGGAGCUAGUUUUAUUCACUAUCUCACUUUGUAACUCUUAAACCUGUUUCACAAAAGACAUAGACUAUUCAGUACACUUCAAGUUGGGAACGCUACUAUCUUUGAUAAAAAAAUUCUAUUUAGCUUUUAGUACACCAUCUCUUAUAAAUAUUUAUAUUUGUUUUACAUAAGCAAGAAAAAUACAAUUGCCGAUUCAGGAUUGUUGUUACCUGUUGUAAUGAUCAAUCAUGUCAUUUUGUUCGGCCUUAAAACAAGUUCAGGACAAGAGCUAGUAUAAUUGAAUAUGUGUUCCAAAUCAUUUGGUCCGGAAAUAUGCGUAUUGGCGUUUGAACAACGAUAUACAUUGAAUUUAUUUUGAAUUUAGAAUUUAGAAUCCGGAUAAAAAAGUAAAAAAAAACUAUAUUCACAAAACUUUGAUCUGUUGAAAAUGUAUUAAUGACAAUCUUCACAAAUCAUAAUUGUGUAGAAAAUGUAUAAAUGACAAUCUUGCGUUUGAUUACAUCUAACUUCAAUUCGAUUCAAGCAUGAAGACGGAACACAAUGUUAAACAGUUUCGCUUUCAUAUUUUGGAUUUAGUAAAGUUUUUUUUACAUGUACAAUUAUGCUAAUGUCAGAAAGGUGCAACUCGGUUGCUGUUGUUUUCCACCGCCCUUUUAGUAGUUAAAGCCACACACCUUAAAAUGAAAUACAUGUUAAGCAAUACAUAUAGAUGCAACUUGAAAGUGUGCAAAAUUGUCAUUAUCCAUAGCCUAGUUAGCAAGUAUUUUUUUUUUUAAUUUUAAAACCAAAAGUAGGAUUUCUAUAUGUAAACGUCCAUUUAGACAAACGCGAUUAUUUUUAAGUUUUAAAGCGCAAAAAGACGGAUUUCUACCUUGUAACCACCAGGUAUAUUCUAAUUAGCAUAGAUAAAAUUAUUUCUUAUUAAUACUUAAAUUUACUAUGCCUAAUAAGUGUUUCAAGAUGAGUGGCUUUAAAAGGGGUUUUAAAACGUACAUAACAUUUUUUUCGAUUUACACCCUGCGAUGCUGUAUUAAUAGUUUUGCAUGAGCAAUUAAAUGUUUUAUAAAUCAACAUGAGUUUAACUGACUAGAACCGGUUUACUUCCCAAAAUUUUCGCAGAGAUCGUUUCAUGAAAUGCUUAUAAUAUUUAUAUUUGUGAUGACAUUAUAUUUUUCCUUUGUUUACUAGCUUAUAUGUCUUUAUACAUAGACCUCCCUACAUGCGGUAGCUGCUGAACCUUUACAAUAAAUGUUUACUUGUUGUGUUUACUCCGCUUAUCACACACAAGUGAGGACACAAUCGUGAUAUUCAAAUAAAAUAUAUGAUGUACUUAGCAUUGCUUAAACAUACCUUGUUAAACUAAGAGCUUCUGCCCACCCUAGGAGAAUUCAAAUUGGAAGAUACACACGUAACCAUAUACCUCGUAAUGAACGAUACUGUCAAUGUUGUGAUCAAAGAGACAUAGAAGACGAAUUCCACUGUAUAUGUAAAUGUCCAUGUUUCCGUCAAAUAAGGCAAACAUUUAUAACUACUGUUUACUAUGUGAAUCCAUAUGUUUUUUAAGUUUCAUACUUUAUUGAACUCAACUUGGAAAAUUAAAAUUAUAAAUAUGUGUAAAUAUAUAUGAAGGAAGCUCUAACCGUAAGAUAUUCCACAACUAAUAUUUUCAACGAAAACUAAAUAUUUACUUACCGGCAGUUAAUGAUAGAUGUUUUACUAUGAUAAUAUGAAGUCGUACUACUUUGUUAAUUUUACUUGGUCUAAAAUUGAAAGAUUACAUUUGGU